AUGGACCUCAUUCUCCAGGACUUGGAAGGCUAUUUUGCAUUUGAGGUGAGUCUGCUGGAAAAUUACGGCCUGUGUAGAGUGACUGUGGGCCUGGGGCGGUGCAGGAGAGGUAUAAAAGAGGCCCCAUCUCCUCACACUCUCAUCCACUCCUCCUGCUUCCAUCUCCCUGUGAAAGAGGUGCACCUCCUGCCCCGAGACAUGUCCUGCUACAACCAGUGCCUGCCAUGCCUGCCAUGUGGACCCUGUGGCCCCACCCCGCUGGCCAACAGCUGCAAUGAGCCCUGUGUCCAGCAGUGCCAGGACUCCAACGUCGUCAUCCAGCCUUCUCCCGUGGUGGUGACCCUGCCCGGCCCCAUCCUCAGCUCCUUCCCGCAGAACACCGCCGUGGGAUCCUCCACUUCUGCUGCCGUUGGCAGCAUCCUCAGCUCUCAGGGAGUGCCCAUCUCCUCCGGGGGCUUUGGCCUCUCUGGCUUUGGCAGCCGCUACUGCGGCAGGAGGUGCCUCCCCUGCUAA